AUGGAAGGCUCAUCUAGUAGCCGACCCACGUUGAUUGACUCAAGUUCACCAGUUCAAACCCCAAGAAGUAAUCCGGAUCCAACUGUAAGUGCAACUUGUGGUACUAGUCCAUCUGUUGAAGAAGAAAAUGAUGCUGCUGAUAACUCAUUCCAAAGGAAGAAAAGAGCGAAGACAUAUCCUGUAUGGGCAGAAUUUAGAGAGGUUCUUCAACCCGACAAUACGAAGAAGGCAGAAUGCAUCCAUUAUUCAAUGGCAGCAGGUAGUUCGCUGCCUCCUCUUAUAGGUGGGAAGUUUGAGAUGGCUAGGAUGAGGGGACUAGUAGCGCAAGGGGUGUUUAUGCAUGAGCACCAAUUCAGAGUUGUCGAGCAAGAGGGUUUUAAUAAUUUGCUAAAAUAUUUGACGCCUGGUUGGGAAAAAAUAUCACGCUUUACAAGUAAAAAUGAUUGUAUGAAGGUGUAUGAAAUGGAAAAUGAAAGGUUGAAGGCUGUUUUGAAUAAUAUUGAUAGAAUUAGUUUGACUACUGAUCUGUGGAAUUCAAGUAAUCAGAAACUUGAGUACAUGGUUGUGACGGGGCAUUGGAUAGAUACUAAUUGGAGGUUGAAUAAACGUGUGCUCAGUUUUGUUCGUUUACCGCCUCCUCGUGGUGGUGUCCAGAUUGCUGAUAGCAUAUUUAACUGUUUGCGGGAAUAG